AGCUUCCCCCACAUGAACACGAGAAGAGUUGCUAGUUAAAAGAAAAGUGAGCAGCGCAAAGCACAGUAUGGCCACCAUGAAGAGGAAUGGACUCAUUGCACUACUGGUUGCAGGCCUGGGAGUCUUGGAGAUCCUGGAGUUGACAGCAACAGAAGAUUCCCUGUGCCAGCGUACUGAACACCCAGUUAUCACUUAUAAAGAAAUUGCCCCCUGGUUAUGUGUGUUUAGAGCUGAGAACGCUGUGGACUUUUCGCAGUUAACAUUUGACCCAGGACAGAAAGAACUUAUUGCUGGAGCAAGAAACUACCUCUUCAGGUUGCAACUUGAGGAUCUCUCUCUAAUCCAGGCAGCAGAGUGGCAAUGUGAUGAAGCUACUAAAAGAGCCUGUUACAGUAAGGGCAAAUCAAAGGAAGAAUGCCAGAACUAUAUCCGUGUACUUCUUGUUGGUGGUGAUCGUCUCUUCACCUGUGGAACCAAUGCUUUCACUCCUAUUUGUACCAAUCGUACGUUAAGUAACUUAACAGAGAUACAUGAUCAGAUCAGUGGCAUGGCUCGCUGUCCUUACAGUCCCCAACACAACUCCACAGCUCUUCUCACUUCCGGUGGGGAGUUAUAUGCUGCUACCGCCAUGGAUUUUCCAGGAAGGGACCCUGCCAUCUAUCGCAGUUUGGGGGCCCUUCCUCCUCUCCGCACCGCACAAUACAACUCCAAGUGGCUGAAUGAGCCAAAUUUUGUCUCAUCCUAUGACAUUGGGAACUUCACCUACUUCUUCUUUCGAGAGAAUGCAGUGGAGCAUGACUGUGGGAAAACUGUGUUCUCUCGGGCUGCUCGGGUCUGCAAGAAUGAUAUUGGUGGCAGAUUUUUGCUGGAGGAUACUUGGACCACUUUUAUGAAGGCUCGUCUGAACUGCUCGCGCCCUGGAGAAAUUCCAUUUUACUACAACGAGCUACAAAGUACUUUCUUCUUGCCAGAAUUGGACUUGAUCUACGGAAUCUUUACCACUAAUGUGAACAGCAUAGCAGCAUCAGCAGUUUGUGUUUUCAACUUGAGUGCCAUAACUCAGGCCUUCAAUGGACCCUUCAAAUAUCAGGAGAACUCUCGCUCUGCCUGGCUGCCUUAUUCCAAUCCUAACCCUAAUUUUCAGUGUGGUACCAUGGACCAGGGUCUCUAUGUGAAUCUGACUGAGAGGAAUCUUCAAGAUGCCCAAAAAUUUAUUCUAAUGCAUGAGGUGGUUCAGCCUGUCAUUCCGAUUCCUUACUUCAUGGAAGAUAACAGCCGGUUUUCUCAUGUGGCAGUGGACGUGGUGCAGGGCAAGGAAAUGCUUUUUCAUAUCAUCUAUCUGGCCACAGACUAUGGCACAAUUAAGAAAGUUCUCGCCCCAAUGAAUCAGACUUCAACCAGCUGCUUGCUUGAGGAAAUUGAGCUCUUCCCGAAGAGGCAGAGGGAAUCCAUCAGGAGCCUGCAGAUUCUGCAUAGCCAGAGUGUUCUGUUUGUGGGCCUUCAGGGACAUGUGGUAAAGAUACCCCUGAAGAGGUGCCCGUUUUAUAAAACACACAGUUCAUGUAUUGGAUCUCAGGAUCCUUACUGCGGCUGGGACAUGGUGAUGAAGAAAUGCACAACCCUAGAAGAAAGUCUGAGCAUGAGUCAGUGGGAGCAAAGUAUCACUGCAUGUCCUACACGGAAUCUGACUGUGGAUGGAAAUUUUGGAAUGUGGUCACCAUGGAAACCCUGCACCCACACAGAUGGGACCAGUGUUGGCUCCUGCCUCUGCAGAACUCGGCUAUGUGACAGCCCAGCUCCUCAGUGUGGAGGCUGGCAGUGUGACGGGCCCGGCAUGGAGAUUGCCAAUUGCUCCAGAAAUGGAGGAUGGACUCCAUGGACUUCCUGGUCACCCUGCAGCACCACCUGUGGAAUCGGCUUUCAGGUCCGUCAGCGUUCCUGCAGCAAUCCAACGCCCCGGCACGGGGGUCGUGUGUGCGUGGGACAGAACCGUGAGGAGAGAUACUGCAAUGAACAUUUGCUAUGCCCUCCACACGUAUUCUGGACAGGCUGGGGUCCAUGGGAACGCUGCACUGCCCAGUGUGGUGGAGGGAUUCAGGCUCGUCGCAGGACUUGCGAGAAUGGCCCUGACUGCCCUGGCUGUAAUGUGGAGUAUCAACCUUGUAACACCAACUCCUGUCCAGAGUUAAAAAAAACCACCCCAUGGACUCCUUGGACUCCAGUCAAUAUCUCAGACAAUGGUGGCCACUAUGAACAACGGUUUCGAUAUACUUGCAAGGCACGACUGCCUGACCCAAAUUUGCUGGAAGUGGGAAGACAAAGGAUUGAAAUGCGUUAUUGUUCUAGUGAUGGUACCAGUGGAUGCUCCACAGAUGGGCUCUCUGGGGAUUUCUUGCGUUCUGGCCGAUACUCCGCUCACACAAUCAAUGGUGCCUGGUCACCAUGGACUCCGUGGUCUCAGUGCAGUCGGGACUGCAGCAGAGGUAUUCGGAACCGCAAACGUGUCUGCAACAAUCCUGAGCCCAAAUAUGGGGGACUUCCCUGUCUGGGUCCCUCUGUAGAGUACCAGGAAUGCAACAUCUUGCCUUGUCCAGUUGAUGGAGGUUGGUCUUGUUGGUCAUCAUGGUCAAAGUGCUCUGCAACUUGUGGAGGUGGACAUUAUAUGCGAACCCGUUCGUGCACAAACCCAGCCCCAGCCUAUGGAGGGGAUAUCUGCCUUGGACUCCACACUGAAGAAGCACUUUGCAACACGCAAACCUGCCCAGACAGCUGGUCCGACUGGUCUGAGUGGUCUGAUUGUGACUCAUCUGGAGUCCAGUUCCGUGUUCGUCAGUGCAUUAUUUUAUUUCCUGUGGGCAACCAGUGUUCUGGGAAUGCCACUGAGAGUCGAGCUUGCAUUUUUGAUUCCAACUUCAUACCAGAAAUAUCAGUAGCAAGAUCCAGCAGCAUAGAAGAAAAACGUUGUGGUGAAUUCAACAUGUUCCAUAUGAUUGCAGUGGGGCUGAGUAGCUCUAUACUCGGUUGCCUUCUUACGCUCCUUGUUUACACAUAUUGCCAGCGAUAUCAGCAACAAUCCCAUGAUGCAACUGUCAUCCAUCCGGUAUCACCAGCUCCUCUUAAUACCAGCAUCACUAACCAUAUCAAUAAGCUGGACAAGUAUGAUUCUGUAGAAGCCAUCAAGGCAUUUAACAAAAACAACCUGAUCCUGGAGGAGAGAAACAAAUACUUCAAUCCUCAUCUAACUGCAAAGACCUAUUCUAAUGCCUAUUUUACAGAUCUCAAUAAUUAUGAUGAGUACUAAUGGGCUUGUGUAUUUUUUUGGCCUCUUGUAACUCCCCAGUUCCCCAAGGCCUGUGCUACAUGACCGCCCAUGUGUUUGAGGCUUCAGAGAUGAAAUUUGGAGACAUUUCAAGCACACUCCAAGCCAUCAGUGUCCCAUUGCUGCCAAAAACCAUAAAACACCUGUAUGUGACAUGAUGUUCCCUAUUGCAGAAAGUAAAAGUUUGGCUGACAGUAUCAAGUGUCAAGAUAACACCUGGGCUUUGCUGAACAAAUCAUGAGGAGUAUGUCACUUUGUUCAAGUUUCUUAAUGUUGGGUCAGAUGUUGCUAACAUGUUUCUAACUAUUUUAUUGAGCUCUCAAAAAGUUAUAACCCCUCUAAAGAGUGUGCCAGGACUAUGACUUUCAUUUCCUUUUGGACAUUGCCACCUUCUUUCCAGAAGAAUUGAGGAAAAAGCUCUGCUCCUAGGAAUGGGCCCCUCUAAGGGAUCUUGGUGACAUCAUACUGCCAACAAAUGUACAGAACAUUGAUUUAAGUGACAAGGAGAAAUUUGAUAUUCUGUAGGUACUCCAAGCAGUCUACAGUUUGUCUGCUUUGACUGCAAAGCGUUGUCUGAAGUUCUUGGAGUCUAUUGAGCUAUCUGGACCUUGAAGAAAACAGAAUAUAUACCAAGGGCUUCUUGUGACAAAAGGGAAAUCUGCAGAGUAGGUGGUUCCAAGUUGUAAAACAGUUCGGGUGACAAAAAAGCCUUCAUCUUGUUUGUUUUAUUUUGUUGGGAGGCUGCGGGGAGGAAGACAGGUGGGGAGGGCACAUUUGAGCGUUUUCUGCAUGUCGUUAGUAAACUAGCAUUCUUGUAGCGUAUGGACUUGCAUGACUCAUGGCAUUCCAAAGACUUCCUCUCUGCGGCGUGCGCAUACAGAAUACACUUGUCUGGUCCCUUGUAGUGUUCAACGUCAUGCCAGUCACUGAAAGGAAUACCAUACCUUGAUUUUUUUCACCAUACUUUGUCCCUGGCACUCUUGCAAACAUAUGAAUAACUGUAAAAUUGGUUUUCUUUUUACACCUGUCUGACAAACAAAAAGUCAUGGAGUGCGAAUGUGUUAUGAAAAACGUAGUUCUCAUCUUAUUGAUGUGUCUGAUCCAGGCUAAUCAACCUCUCCAGGAGCAUUAAUAAUGUUGUUUAAAGUGAGCUUCCCGUGGGGAUUUAUUGAUGUAAAUAUUUAAAGUACCAGCUGAGUUUUAAGAUGUCAUCUGUGAUUUCUUGUGCAACAGCAGGCAAGGGAACAGAAGCGAUCCUCAAAUUGUUGUGCCAUUUCUCUUUGUUUCCUCCUACCCCACCACACCUCUGAUAUCUUUAUUUUUGGAACAGCAAUUCCAGCUGUACCACUGAAAUGAAAAUGGCAGGGUUGUGUGCCCUUUCUUCAGCCCAGAGGUCCAAAGAAUGUUUAUCAUAAAAGAUACAUUUCAAAGCUUACUAGUUGUUAUUCUCAAAGAGUUCAGAAAAGAAAUUAAACAGUGAAUGUUAAGGUUUAAA